UGAGAUCAUGACCUGACCCAGAGUGGGACGCUUAACUGACUGAGCCACCCAGGCACCCCUACUGUGUGUUUCUCAAUACAAAGUAAGGAUUAGUGAAUCCAGUAGGAAAAACAUCAGAACUCUGUUCGGAAGUUGGGAGUGUGGGUUGGACGGGCACAUCCUCUUAGCGAUUCUAUGAACUGAUUUGCAAAUGUGAUCGUGCCUGGAGUCUGAUUUGUUAACGAUCCCUGUAUAGGUAUCUGAUUUCACUGCUGUCUAUUUAUCUGAGUCCAGCCUCAUGAGAGGAGCGAACCAGUCGAGUGUCUCCGAGUUCCUCCUCCUCGGGCUCUCCAGGCAGCCCCAGCAGCAGCAGGCCCUCUUUGCGCUCUUCCUGAGCAUGUACCUGGCCACGGUCCUGGGAAACCUGCUCAUCCUCCUGGCCAUCUGCAUGGACCCCCGCCUGCACAUCCCCAUGUACUUCCUCCUCAGCCACCUGUCCUUUGUGGACAUCUGCUUCUCCACCACCACCGUCCCCAAGAUGCUGGCCAACCACAUCCUUGGGACUCAGGCCAUCUCCUUCUCUGGGUGUCUCACACAGAUGUAUUUUCUCUUUGAGCUUGCCGACAUGGACAAUUUCCUCCUGGCUGUGAUGGCCUAUGACCGCUUUGUUGCCAUAUGCCACCCCUUACACUACUCGACAAAGAUGACCCACCGGCUCUGUGCCCUGCUGGUUGCUGGGUCAUGGGUCAUUGCCAGCCUGAAUGCUCUACUGCAUACCCUGUUAAUGGCUCGACUCUCGUUCUGUGCAGACAAUGCCAUCCCCCACUUCUUCUGUGAUGUGACUCCCCUCCUGAAACUGUCCUGCUCUGACACCCACCUCAAUGAGGUGAUGAUUCUGACUGAGGGUUCUCUGAUCAUGAUCUCUCCAUUUAUUUGCAUCCUGGCUUCGUAUGUCCAUAUUACCUGCGCUGUCCUGAGAGUCCCGUCCACGAAGGGAAGAUGGAAAGCCUUCUCCACCUGUGGCUCGCACCUGGCCGUGGUUUCCCUCUUCUAUGGCACCAUCAUUGCUGUGUAUUUCAACCCUUUGUCCUCACACUCUUCUGAGAAGGACACAGCAGCUACUGUGAUGUAUACCGUGGUGACCCCCAUGCUGAACCCCUUCAUCUACAGCCUGAGGAACAGGGACUUGAAGGGGGCCCUACGAAAAAUGGUGGACAGGAAGACAUGGUCUUAGUGAUGACAGUAGAAUGGACCUAUCAUUCCCAGCAUUUUAAUCUUUGCCAAUUCACUGAAUGUAGUAAUCAAAGUGUUUGCAAGGAACUUAGAAUACUCUCAGUACACAGUUAUGAAUGAACUCAGACUUAAGUACAACCCUGUUCCUUUAAAUAGGUAAUUUUAUUUGUUUCUAAUUAUUGUAUUUCAUAUUGCUUUGCCUAAGGACAAGUUUUUCCUUUCUGGGUGAUCACGCUAAAAAGUUGCAUGUAAUAAUUUUUUCCCCACUUCCUUUUUUGGAAAUGGUCUCAGAAUAAGGCAGUGUUUUUUCAAUCUUGGAUACAUGAUAGUAUCACUUGGGGAGCUUUGACAGCAUAUAUACAGAUGUUGGACCCAACUUUGACCAAUUAAAUCUUAU